GCGGCGCGGCGCCUUUAAGGCUUGGCCUACGUGGCAGCCGCGGGAGCCGCCGCCGACGCGGAGCGAGGCCGGCCGCCGGCACUUCCUGUGGAGGCCGCAGCGGCGCGGGCGCCUCCAGGCCGAGCGAGCGAGCGAGCGCGCGCAGCCUCCCGCCGCCGCCAUGGGCCAGAACGACCUGAUGGGCACGGCCGAGGACUUCGCCGACCAGUUCCUGCGAGUCACAAAGCAGUACCUGCCCCACGUGGCUCGGCUCUGCCUGAUCAGCACCUUCCUGGAGGACGGCAUCCGCAUGUGGUUCCAGUGGAGCGAGCAGCGCGACUACAUCGACAGCACCUGGAGCUGCGGCUACCUGCUGGCCUCCACCUUCGUGUUCCUCAACCUGCUCGGGCAGCUGACUGGCUGCGUCCUGGUGCUGAGCAGGAACUUUGUGCAGUACGCCUGCUUCGGGCUCUUUGGGAUCAUAGCACUGCAGACGAUCGCCUACAGCAUUCUAUGGGACCUGAAGUUUUUGAUGAGGAACCUGGCCCUGGGAGGAGGCUUGCUGCUGCUCCUGGCAGAGUCCCGUUCUGAAGGGAAGAGCAUGUUCGCGGGCGUCCCCACCAUGCGCGAGAGCUCCCCGAAACAGUACAUGCAGCUCGGAGGCAGGGUCCUGCUGGUUCUGAUGUUCAUGACGCUCCUUCACUUUGACGCCAGCUUCUUCUCCAUCGUGCAGAACAUCGUGGGCACGGCGCUGAUGAUUUUGGUGGCCGUCGGCUUUAAAACCAAGCUGGCAGCGUUGACGCUCGUGGUCUGGCUGUUCGCCAUCAACGUGUACUUCAACGCCUUCUGGACCAUUCCCGUCUACAAGCCCAUGCACGACUUCCUCAAGUACGACUUCUUCCAGACCAUGUCGGUCAUCGGGGGCUUGCUGCUGGUGGUGGCUCUCGGCCCCGGGGGCGUCUCCAUGGAUGAGAAGAAGAAGGAGUGGUAACAGCCACAGGUCCCCACCCUGCCUGGCCAGCGCCCCUGGCCACCAAGGACUGGUGUUUGUGCGGGCGGAUGCAACCAAACUGCCAGCAUUUAGGUAUCCUCCUCCCUCCCUCCCCGGCAAGGGCACAGAUGUUCUGAGAACUUUAUUUGCAGAGACACCUGGAAAUUGAUGGCCGAAUCUGCUCGGGAGCCCCAUGCUGGUGUCUGUUUCAUGCUGGCCGGCUGGACGGUCGGUCCCCCCGACGGCACAGCUUUGGCAGUGAGCAGCUGGGCUGGUUGUGGCCUCAGUCCCAUUUUUUUUUCCUGGGGGAGGGGCCUUCGAGCUGUACUGUGAGCAGACACAUUUGUACAUCAUUCAAAUCAGUCUCCCUCUUCUUUUUUAAGUUUACAUUUUUAGUUCAAACUACUAAACGAUUUUGGAUGGUUCAACCAAAUACCAAACAGUUAAACUCCUUGGUUUAAAAUCAUAGCAGUGGCUUCCACGUCGUUUCUGCCCCUGCGCUGUAAUACUUCCUAGGAACAGCAAAGACAGCAGAGGUGCAUCGUCGGGGGUGGGGGGCUGCCGUUUGUGGUAGCAGACGCCUCCCCCUCCUGGAAAAUCGGCUCGAUCGGAUCAAUCACUGAGUGUUCUGUUGGCAACACCCUGGGAGCUUUAGUGGCUUGAGGCAGGGAUGAGGGGUGGCAAGUCCUUGGGAGGCUACGGCUCUGGGUGCUGCUGGCCACCCGGAGCCUGGCAGUGAGGGGGUUCCACCACGGCUCCUGUGAGCAGCACCGCAGCCCGCUGGCGCCCUCGGCUUGGCCGGUUACCUCACACAGACCUCAGCCAGAGGUCUGGGGCCCAUCCCCAGCCCCCAUACCACUUUCCCUGAGGUUGUCACUUGCUCCAACCUUGUCCACUUGCUACACUGAAUGCAGCCAAAAUUACUUUUUACAAUUUGUGAUGCCUUACUGAUUUGAUCUUGAUCCUGUAUUUAAAGUUUUCUAACAUUGCCUUAUACUGUGUUCCUCUUUUUGGGGGGGGGGGUGGAUAAUUUGCUUGAUCCCUGCUCAUCUGCACUGCAGUGAACGCUUCACGGCAGUCAGGACGUCUCUCUGGCCCCACAUCCAUCUGGGGACAGCCUGGCUGGGGCUGUCCUACGGCUACCAGGGGCCAGCCCUGACUAGUCUCUGGGUUCGCCUUUCUCUCACCCCUUGGCUUGUAGGGCAGAGGUGAGGUCGCUUCUGCCCGCCAUCGCCGGUGGGCACCCACCGGCCCUGCACCUGGACCCAUCACCUCCUCAACCCACCUCGGGGCCCGCCCCUCAGUCUCCUAAUAUUUAUAAAAUCAAGCAGUGGCUUCAGGACACUGGGGUUCUCUCUUCCUUGUCACUCAGAUGUUCACUGCACAGAGUGGCUUCUAAUGCAGUAUUUCAAACUCGGCAGGGCCAUCUCCUGGCCCACACCCACCCCCAAGACCGUGGCGUGGUGGCCCGGUGCAUCCCUGGGGCCACUGUUUGGGGAGGGGUGCACAGUGGACACCUGCUCGUCAGCAGCAUCGCCUCGGUCCUAGCGGUGGCUCCUGGUUCCCUGGCCCUGAAUGGGCACGUGCCCAAGAACUGGGGGCGAUGCCUUUGCUGGGAGGAGGGAAAGUGUGACCUACCAAUUGGUUCUGGCAAAAUGACUUCUGAAAAUUUUUUUGCUUUAUGUGGGAAAUAGAUCUAAAUCUCAUUUUAUGCUGUAUUUUAUAACUUAGUUGUGUUUGAAAACAUUCUGAUUUUUGGAAACACAUCAAAAUAAAUAAUGGCAUUUGUUGUA